AUGGCUAAGGAUAAAAGACCCAGCGAGGACGUCGAGUCCGCGGAGAGCAAGAAGCGUCUGAAGAAGGAGAAGAAGGAAAAGAAGCACAAGAAGGAGAAGAAGGAAAAGAAGGAGAAAAAAGAAAAGAAGGAGAAGAAACACAAGGCCGAGCCAGAGGCUACGCAGAGGAGCCAGAGCGACGUCAAGACAGAUCCCGUUGCUGUGGAGGAGUUUCUCAAGACCAACGAGGUCGAGAUCCACGACCCAAAGUCUGCUGAUGUGGCUCCAGCUGUGGAGUUUGCCGAUUUGUCUGGUGUUGAUACCAGAAUUGGUAGCCAUCUGGCCAAGUUCCCUAGACCUACUCCUAUCCAGGCUGUUGUUUGGCCGUACCUUUUGAAGGGCCGCGACAUGAUCGGUGUGGCCGAGACCGGGUCUGGAAAAACGAUGGCUUUCGGUGUUCCUGCUGUGCAGCAUCUGCUGGAUUCCGGGUCCAAGUCGCUGCAAGUGCUGAUUGUUUCUCCAACCAGAGAGCUGGCUACGCAGAUCUACGACAACCUGAAUGAACUGACCGCCAAGGUGGGGCUCGAGUGCGUCUGUGUGUACGGUGGAGUGUCCAAAGACGAGCAAAGAAGCGCUGUUAAACGGUCACAGUGCGUGAUUGCCACGCCUGGCCGUCUUAUCGAUCUCAUCGAUGACGGUAGCAUCAGUCUCAAGGCUAUCGACUAUCUCGUUCUGGACGAGGCCGAUCGUAUGCUGGAAAAGGGAUUUGAGGAGGACAUCAAGAAGAUCAUGAAGCUCACCACAGGCAACAGACAAACACUCAUGUUCACAGCUACCUGGCCCAAGGAGGUGAGAGAACUGGCCUCCAACUUCAUGGACGAGCCAGUCAAGGUGUCGAUUGGCCAAAGAGAGGAGCUGUCUGCCAACAAACGUAUCCAACAGAUCGUCGAGGUGGUGGACCCCCGCGAAAAGGAAACCAAGCUGGUGCAGCUGCUCCGCAAGUACCAGUCUGGAUCAAAAAAGAACGACAAGAUUCUGAUUUUCGCGCUGUACAAAAAGGAAGCCUCCAGAGUGGAGAGCUCGCUCAACUACAAGGGCUUCAGCGUCGCAGCACUGCACGGUGACCUCAACCAGGCGCAGAGAACACAGGCUCUGCAGGACUUCAAGUCUGGUAAAAAUAGUAUUUUACUUGCCACAGACGUGGCUGCGCGUGGCUUGGACAUCCCGAACGUGAAGGUGGUGAUCAACCUGACGUUCCCGCUAACGAUCGAGGACUACGUGCACCGGAUUGGGCGUACGGGCCGUGCGGGCCAGACAGGCGUGUCUCACACGCUGUUCACGGAGCACGAGAAGCACCUGGCGGGCGCACUCAUGAACAUUUUACGGGGUGCAGAUCAACCGGUGCCUGAAGAAUUGCUCAAGUACGGCUCGCACACAAAGAAGAAAACGCACGGGGCUUAUGGGGCGUUCUUCAAGGACGUCGACAUGACCAAAAAGGCUAAAAAGAUUACAUUUGACUGA